ACUGCAAAAAGGUUACCUAUAAUUUAACUGAAUUGCAAAGUGUGACAUUCACCAGAAACUAUGCACAAAGGAACAAACAACCCAUAUUUAUCUGCACAGUGCAUAUGAUAAAAUCCCAAAUCCUAUUUUCCAUGUGAACAAAAUGUACAGAGACUGCCAAAUUUAGAAAGCAAGCUGCGGCAUUUAUCAACAUUCUGAUGGGGCAGCGAAACCAGCAAGGAAGAAGAGAGGAGGUCAUCAAACAAGCAAGUAGGAGUAAGCAGGAGUGCAAGGCAUAAAGUAAGCUAACAAGCCAGAGCAUUACAGAGCAAGAGGAAGAGAGCAAGGGAGGGAGAGCGGGUGAGAAAGCUACAGGGAAAGAGGGGGCGAGAGAAAGAGCAAGCAGACGAGCGAUGCAGCGAGAGCGAGCAGGAGAGAGCAGGGGAGACCACGCAAUAGCAAGAGAGCAGACGAAAAUGAGCGAGAACGCGCAAAUGGGAGGGAGACUGGGGGAGAGCACACGAGAGAGAGAGAGAGAGAGAGAGAGAGAAACUGCAUCACUGAUCGACGCCAGCCUGCCACCACUCUGUAGCAGUGCGUGCCUGCAACAAAAGCAGCGAACAGCCUGUCUGAUUCUUUCCUUAUCCCUUUUUUGACCAGCAACUAUCCUCUGUGUUGAGAACUCAAUACAGACACGGCUGACGGAGCGACAAGGAGCAAGAUAUGCGAGAAGGGUCUCUGACUGCCAUCAACAAGUUAUGCGAAGGCAGACCCCCAGUCAUGAAAGGCGACUGCUUGAUCUUCAAUUAACCAAUUGAGCUGACAUCAUUGCAGUAGCAAAGGAGAGGGACGAAAAACCAAAAACGCACAAGGAUUGUGAUGGAUUCAGAUCAACUUAUAGACUGAAGGGGGGAAAUCUAAUUUUCCUGAUUUCUCAAAAGAAACCGGAUUAAAAAUAUAAGAUUAAAAUUCUAGUCAUGGAAUUGCUCCUUUUGUUGCAUUUGUGGAGAUCCAGCAUUGCUUUAUUUCUGAUCACGAUUCCUUUUGUGUUUUAUCAAAAGGGUUUUUGUUCAUUAGAUUUUUUUUCCGUCUGGCUGCUCAAAGUGUCUGCGGAGAAAAACAGUUGAAUGCAGCCUCCGAUGUGCAGAAAAGAAUGGGUUUCCAUUCAAGGUGGCUACUCGUAGGACCAGCACCAGCGGCACUCUUUGCGAUCAGCAUGCUGCUGUGCCUGAGCCCUGUGUCAUGCACAACCUGCCCCCAGAAAUGCCGCUGUGAGGACCUGCAGUUUUACUGCGACACACAGGGGCUCCUGGCCCCCCCAGAUGGUGUGGAAAGGGGGGCUUUGGGGCUCUCACUGCGGCACAACAGCAUUACAGAACUAAGCGCUGAUCAAUUCUAUGGCUUCAGCCAGCUCACGUGGCUCCACCUGGACCAUAACCAAAUAAGCACCGUGCGGGAGGAUGCAUUUCAGGGGCUAUACAAGCUUAAGGACCUCAACUUGAGCUCCAACCGCAUCACCAAGUUGCCCAACACGACCUUCAUCCACCUCAUUAAUCUCCAGAUCCUGGACCUUUCUUUCAACCAGAUGACCGCUCUUGAGCCAGAGCUAUUCCAUGGUCUGCGCAAGCUCCAGAUACUGCACCUGCGCUCCAACUCCCUGCGUACAACCCCUGUACGGGCCUUCUGGGACUGCCGCAGCUUGGAGUAUUUGGGCCUUAGCAACAACAGGCUAAGAAGUCUGGCUCGCAAUGGCUUUGCAGGCCUGAUUAAGUUACGGGAACUCCAUCUGGAGCACAAUCAGUUGACCAAGAUCAACUUGGCACACUUCCCCCGACUGGUUGCCCUUCAAGUCCUCUACCUUCAGUGGAACAAAAUCAACAACUUAACAUGUGGGAUGGAGUGGACCUGGACGACUUUAGAGAAGCUAGAUCUCACUGGAAAUGAGAUCCGCACUCUGACUUCUGAUGUGUUUGAGACUCUACCCAAUCUUAAGAUCUUGCUGCUGGAUAACAACAAACUAACAAGCCUCGACAGUCAGACCUUGGAUAUGUGGCACUCACUGGGAACUAUUGGGCUUUCCAGCAACCUCUGGGAAUGUACCAAACGGAUCUGCUCACUGGCUACUUGGCUGAGCAUAUUCAAGGGAAGGUGGGAACACUCUAUAUUGUGCCACAGCCCAGAGUAUGCACAGGGUGAGGAAAUACUGGAUGCGGUUUAUGGGUUUCAGCUGUGUCAAAAUUUUUCGGCGCCAUUCCUGCCGACCAGCCGCUCUCCUGAGGUCACGUCACCCCAGGAAGCCACCAGCUCCCUAUUUGGAAUUAUGCAGACACCCACGCAGGACUUCUAUGCAGAGGAUUUUGGAAGCUUUACUACAGUUGCUACUACCACCACUGCCACCCAACCACCCAAGACUGUCAUUGCGACCACCACCACAACCACAGUGGGGUGGGCAGCUGUGACAGACGACUUCUCAGAGAUUGACAACACAGUUCUCACCCAGAGGGUCCUUAUUGGAACUAUGGCCCUGUUGUUUUCAUUCUUUCUCAUCAUUUUUGUGGUAUACAUCUCCAGAAAGUGUUGCCCCCCAACACUAAGACGAAUCCGACAUUGCUCAGCAAUUCAGAAUCGCCGACAGAUGAGGACUCAGACACGACAGCCAAUGGCAGACCUGGCCACCCAGGUGCCCUAUAAUGAAUAUGAGCCCAGCCACGAGGAGGGUGCCCUCGUCAUAAUUAACGGGUACGGGCAGUGUAAGUGCCAGCAACUGCCUUAUAAAGAGUGUGAAGUAUGAACUAUUAUUUAUUCUUGCAGAUCAUGGUUGCCCAUUUAGCCAUUCCAAACAAUAGUGUUGGUUUGUUAUUUUUCCAGUAUAUAUUAAAAACCAACUUGUUGGCUUUGAACAUAUGUUUUGGAAGCAGAUGUACGAUGCAGCUGAAUACAGGCCAUCUUCUACAGUUCUGGAAGAUUCAGAUUAAGUUAACAGGUGUGAAUUGAUAUUCACACAUUUAUUUUUAUAAUACGAAUACACAUUUGUUGGUAUCAAGAAGGAAAACUGAAGACAUGCCAUGUCACUUAGAAAUGUAUAUGGUAACAAAAAUAACCUAAUUAUGAAGAGGAGUCAACCAACCACAAGAGGUAAUACUUUAAUCUUUACACAUGGUAAAAGAAGAAAAAAAAACUAAAUUUAAUCUUUAAACUGGGCAGUGUUUUUGUUAUCUGAUCAGACAAUGCAGUAUUCACAGGCCAAUUCAGUGCCCAAGUCUUACUUGCACAGCUGACAAAUGACACUUAACAAGGAUAUUUAGAACCUCUCCAACCAAUACGCAGCCUUCCAGGUUUAGAACUAAUUCCAUCACCUCUUAAAUCCAAAAGCUUAGCACUUUUUCUGGGAAAGGUUAAUGACCAAUAUGCCACAGUAUUAAUUCUGCCAAAAUGUCGUAACUCUCUAGCACAGUGGGAGCAAAAUACUAUUUAUGACACCACCGAUCCAAAUAUCAACUACAAGAAAUCUUCACACUGGCUCAAUUUAAAACCAGUAACUAAGGUGUCUCCCACUUCUCUAAAAAUACAACCAGAAUGAAUAUAUAGGCCUGUAUUAUUUGUCAGUUUACCUAGAUAAAUGCUAAAAAAUUGGAAAUAGGCAAUACCAAAUUUAAGAGUCAUGGCUCAGUGAAUUUUCAAUGCCGCAAACAGUACCUGAGGGGCAGAUAGAAAUGACACCCUUCAGUUAAAUAACUGAACAAUCUCCAUUAGAGAAUUUCUCUAAUUUUGGGGUGUCAUGACGUAGCACCACUUGAACACAUUCUCACAGGCUACCUCCAAUAAAAAAGAAAAGGAAAAAAAAUGUUCCAUGUCUUGUACUUCAAAGGGGGAAAAAAGAAUUUAAACAUGUUAAUCCAACACUAAAAGUCAAUGUUGAAUUUUAUAUAUAAAAACUAUAUAUUACUGACUAGAGAUUGCGUUUCAGUUUCCCAGAAGCACCAGCAGUACAGGUGACUCAUUGUGAAUGACGAGCCAUCACUUUGUGCCAAACGGAACGGUGUCCAUCAUUAAAUUAAAGCAGCUGCAGCUCUGUGGACUCUUCAGGAUAAGGAUGUAGGCUUCACAACUGAUAAUUUAUACUUUUAAAUUACAGUUAAAAUGAAAGGGGGAGGAGAGCACAGACUACACUAAUAACUUUACAGUUAAACCAUAUGGACAGUAAUGGAAUAUUGUAAUACAUGUUUGAUAGAGAAGAAAAAAAAAAUCUCUAGGAAGCAAGCAUUAAUGCAAAUUGACGACAAAAAGUGGCCUCUAGGGGGAGAUAUAAAAACAAAAUCUGCGCGGAAUUUUUCCAGAAGCGUUAGAGGGAGAAAGAAGUGUCUUUGGAUUAAGACAAUUCACAGAACAGGGAAAGCCCCCCCCCCCCCCAAAAAAAAAGAAUCCAUGAUAUAUCCAGUAUUUGUAAUUUUACCGAAUCCUCAACUACUUAAAAUACCUGCCUAAAUAACACAAACAGCCAUACUAUUGAGAGUGAUACUAAUUAAUAAAUCUAGAGAGCUGUUUGAACAGUUGACAUGGUAGUCAUGGUAUUUACAUAACAGGCCAUUUCAAAUAUUUCCCUAAGAAAUUUACGCGUAAUAUUCCUCAUGUGCUCCAACUCUGAGCUGCACCCCUACAUACCUUGCAUGUUCCCAAAUGACAGAUAAGAGUUUUGUUCGUGCCAGCUGAUAUCAGCAAAGACUGGACAAGCCUUACAUCUGUAUUUAUGAAAUAAGCUUGGAAUUGGACAAGUUAUGAACUGGACUGGUGGUUAAACAUUUUAUUUCUAGAAAGUUUAGCAAACACCUGGCAUCUAUUAAAAGCAACAGCUUGUGAAGUGAUCAACACAUGAAUUGUAGAAUUUUACAUCUAUCUGCACUCCUGUCACCUGUAUUCAUACCACGGUGAAGUGCGACAUCACAUUCCCUAGCAAUCCUGAUCUUUAAAAUGGGUAACGCAUAUGAGACAGCCAUUUUAAAUAUUAGUUCAUUGGUAGCGUAUUUUCAUUUUCACAGAGGGGGAGAUCAUGGGACUAAGAGAACACACUUGUGCGAUUGACUUUAGGCACACUACCAACACUGGGAAAUUCAAUAGCAAAACCUAACAUGGUUAAAUGAUUUAUACUCAUGCCUUUGAAACAUUCUACCAUGGCUUCUCAAUGAUUCAUUGAAAAAUGUAUCAUCCGAUGAAAAAGCAUUUGGCAAUCAAAAUUCAUUAGGUAUUAAUUUAUCAGUAAAUGAUUCCUAUUAAAAACUUUACUAAUUCUGAUUAGUUUGGUAAUCCCUUCAUUGAUUGGUAUGUUUGUUGCUAGGAAAAAAAUGAUGAAAGCACUUUACCAGCGUGUCAAAAUACUCCAUGCUCUCCCACAUUGCCUACAAACCCAUUGAAAGCACUACUUUCACUACGCUGUGGUCCAAAAGAAUGCUUCCCCCUUUUUCCUUUUGUAUUGUAAUAUGUACAAUUUCAUAUAUGUAUAGUGGACAAAAGAUGUGGCUUUAACUGAAGAUUUUUUUUCCUUAAAACAUAUAUUUUUUAAAUAAAAAUGACUACAGUUUCUGAUCUUGCACAAGUCUGGCAGUUAAGUUAUUAUAAACGAUUCAAUACUGGCUUAGAUUAACUGGUGCAAAAAAAAAAAAAAAAAAAAAAAAAACAUGAAAAGCUGUUGAAAGUACCUUUAGAAGUAGUAGAAAGUCUGAGUCCAUGUUACUUCUAAAGUAUGGUUCUGUCACAACUGGGAUGGUAGUAUUUAUACAGGUUCUCAAUUACUCCUAUUUAAUGCUGGAAUGCUAUGACAAGACAUCAAGGGAAGGAGGGGACAGUGCUAAAUAGCCGCAAUGCCACACCAUUCCAAAAUAAUCAUUAAUUCUGGCCAAUACUGUGUGUGAUACCAGGGUGGGCCGACAUAUCUGAACAUGGGUCUAUAGGUUGGUUUAAUGAGGUCAGUUUACGUCAGAACGGGUUGGGGUUAAACUCACGGAUGACCAGGAUCUAGAUUGGAUCAACCAAAUUUAACCAUGUUUGUUUUCUGCGAGCUUACUUCCUGUACAGCAACUAUGCAACAGGUUUGAGAGGAGUGCAAAACAUCUACACAAUUCAUAUGUACUGAUACUACACUUCACUGCACUCUAUAUCAGCGUAUAGCAUCAUGAGAUCCUUCUGCCAGGGUUAUACAGAAUUUUUACUUUAAGCCAAAUGCAGCUGUGUCUUCCUCUUAGUAGCGUUUUUCACACACUGAUAAAGACGGUAGGAAUUUAGAUACUGCCAAAAUGUCAUACUUGCAUACAGUCUGCAUAUCUGCACAACCUUCAGGUUCAUUUACACAAAUCUUUGUGUGCAUUUAAGUGAUUCACUGCCUUCAAGUUAAUUAUAUUCAGCCAUCUUUAAAUUAUGAAUUCAACAGUUUUUCAUUCUCAGAUACGUUAAUCAAUGUGGCCUCCGGUACUUCAAUGUCACAACGCCAGCUGUUCAAGAACAGCUCAGAAAUCCAAAUUAAGAUAUUCUUCACAUACUUAUAACUAUCAUCCAAUGAACAAAUCUUCAUAGACCAGGUCUGGCAAAGGUAUUCUUAAGUACAAGUGGAGACCUCAAGCUUAGAUCAAAAAAAGAAAAAAAUUCAUAGUCAAUCAUCAUAGACCUCAAUACUACUACCAGCCCAAGCGUAAGAAAUUAGUAUUUGAUCAUGAAGGACAGUUACAGUACAAACUGUUAACUGAACUUCACCAGUCACCAAUAUGUAACAGUAACUGCCAUACCAUAAAAUUUCAGCUGCACAAAUUUCAAAAUGCUGCUGCUCAUGUAUGAUGUCUACUUUUCAUAAAGUAGCCUUAAAAAUAAGCUGUAGGAAACAAAGGUGGCGAUAAAAGCGCCAUCACACACCACAGACCGAACAGGAGGCCAGUGCGUGAUUGUUUUGUUUUUUUAAAUUCUCUCAUUAUUGAUUGACGGUAUUCAUAGCUUACAAGAUAAUAAAGUCUAUUCCUCUUCGAGGAAGCAGCCAUCUACCACUCAGUCCUCUCAGUGGAGAUUUCUCCCCCAAAGAAAGGGGAUCAAAGCAUCUAUGCAGCUAUGAGCCAUUAACUGCCCAUCUGAAGUUCAAGGUCACUGAAAAACACUCAGUGACAGCAGUAUUUCAAGGUCUUUUGCUGUCAUGAUUCUAACACUUGAUGCAAGGUUAAUAAAUGGCACCACAUUUCUUUCUCACAUCAAAUUUUAAAAAAAUUAAAAGCAGAAGAGCCUAUUAAUAGAUAACAUUUAACAAAACCUGAAUUAUGGAUAGAGUUAAUCCUGAUAAAUGAAAUCUUGGACGACUACUGGAGCAAUCAUUCUUCCUUAGAAAGAAAAUGUGUAUUUGCUGCAAGAGCACAAUGACUCAUGGAAAUGGUUAUUGGCAGUGUGAGAAAAUUGAACAAGCCCUCGUCACAGCCUGCAACAAGGCAGAACCCUUUAAAGCUCUGAUGAAUAAAGGUACCUUUUAACUGUGCAUCUUUAAUUAUGCUAAUGAAUUGGCAGAUCCCCUUGAUGCAUCUAAUCUGGAUUGCAAAUCAGCAUUCAGCAUAAGACAUUUCUCCUCUGAGCUCAUCAUUGAGUCCCACUGUUUCAAAGGAUAGCUUCAGUUAAAGAAUUCAAUCAGGACUGACUUUACAAAAAUGGAAAUGCUUCUAUAUAGAAGAAACAGAAUAUUACUCAUAGAAACUGAAAUAUGCAGAAUAAAUUACCACAAACAGGACAUAAAAAUAGUUAUUAAAAAUCCAGGGCAUGGAAUCUUAAACUUUUGCUAAAAGCACCCAGUUACCGCAAGCAAAACCUAAUAAUCAUUACAGGCUCCAGACUACAGAGCACCUUUAGCGUCGACAAUUUCUGCCAAAAUGAUGCAAACUGCUUGCACCCGACAAAUCCAAAAGCAAUGAAUCUGUACUGGCUUCAAUUAGAAUGCUGGACAUUAAAAUGCAGUCAUGACUCAUUCAAGAAAUAGCACAUACUUUAAAUGUGAUCACACAAAACCUAUAUGCAAAAAUCAGACAUAUAUCUGGUCCCAAGUGAUAUUCAAAGAUGUGACACAAAAAGGAUGUUUUCCAAAGGCAAAAAUCAGGAGAUUUUUCACAUAUCACCAACAACAUGCUCGAUUUUGGUUUGCUGCAAUGUGACCAAACCUACAGAACUACAAAGAAACUAGAAUAUAUUGCUUGGAACCACUCAAGAGAAUAUAACUUCUAGGACCAGUGACCAGCUUAUUAGUGACCAGUUGAUUUGUUUAUUAAGUCUGGUUAGACUCAGCCACUCUCUCUACUGCCCCGGCUUUAAAAAAAAAAUGUAGAUUAAUUAAAAACCAGAAUAAGGUGUUGAACUACAUUGCUUUCGUUCAGGAUAAUAAAAUUCUCAGGACAAUGGCUGUCAAGACCAACAGUCUUUGAUCAAACCGAUUUGAGCCAAAAAAUAUUUAGCUGCACAAACAAAAUGAAGCUUGCUUUAUCAAAUAAUAAUCAGAAUGACUGUCCAACAACAAAGAAAUGUUUACAGUGUGUAUGCAGAGAUCAUACUAAAUCUGAUUUUAACCCUCUUGGGUCUUGGGGUAGGAAACAUACUGAUUGGGGUAUGGUCACAUUUCAUCAUUAACUUAAUUCAUGGCAAAUAAUUUAUUUCUUAUACAUUUGUUUUUGCAUUACACUCAUCUUAAUUUUAAUGUAAAUUAUAAAUGUUAGAUUUAUGUUAAGUGUAUAAUCUGAUGUCGAAGUAUAGACAUUGCAAAAUGCAAUUUGGAACACUUGCAGAAACAUUAUAAAGGUACAGAGUAAGCAAUGGUGGCAGUUUGUUUUGAUCCCAGAUAUCUGAUCACCAAAGUCUUGGGUACAUGAUGGUGUAGUUGCAACAUUCAGUUGGAUAAAUAGGUUUUUCUUAAGUCAUUUCUGGUCUCCUUCCAUUGAAUAUGUAGGAGCUCUCAUGUGUAUGCAUAAGCCAUUCACACCUGGCCACAUCCGCAUUUAUGGUGCAGAUGGAUCACAUUUCACCGUGGCGCUGUUCAUCAAAUCACCAUAUGAAUGUGAUUUGAAUAUGCGGUAAUGUGGCUAUUUAGAACGCGAAUAGCGAUCUUCAAGGUGAGGGCUGUACUACAUGCCCCCCAUGUAGGUAAAACAAAGAAAGGUGGCGAUUUAACCUAAUUUUAAAAACUAAUACUUCCGACAAUGGACGUUUUGAAGAGAUGACCAAUUACGGAUUUAGUCAGCGUUUUUUUUAUGAUUGUACAUAAAGAUUUAAGCAAGAUAUCAACUGAAAUAGGCGUGAAAAAUACGUUGCAUCGUCAAUGAUGCACUCGUACCAAGAGGGUUAAACCAAAUAAUCAGGAAAAUGAACAUUUAAAAUUUCAAAGCUUGCCAAGUUAAUUUCCUAAGAUUUUAAAAAAGUUUCCGUGCGAUGUGACAAUUACGCAUGCUCAUAACAUGUGAUGUUGAUAUUGCACCUUGUGUAAUCCUACAUACUAUGCACUAAAAAGUGUCACUCUUACAAUUUUGUUAUACUACUCUGAGCAUCUGCUUUAAUUUCAUAGGCUAUUUCAGCAAGAGAAAGUUGAUUCCUAAAGGUCCCCAGGGAGCAUGUGAGUAUUUCUUUUGUUGCGGAUACCAACCAAACUACUGCUGAAUGUAAUGGUUUCAUCUAAAAUAAGUGACAAGCUGUUUCAAAGCACAAGGUCAUGGUAAUUUCUGGAAAUCUGUUUAAUAACUUUCAUUACAACUACAGCAGAAUCUCUAAAUGCAUAUGCACAACAUUAUGGUAUAUGCAGUAGGACUGGACGAUAACUAUUUUAUCGCAAUAAAUACUCACGAUAUCGAUAUACCAAGUGCUCGAAGGAGGUCUGAUAAUUUGAGACAUAACAUGCCACUGGCCACAUUUUAUAUCACAAAAUGAGGUUACUUUGCGACUACUUGUCAGGACUGCCAAUGCAGCACAAGUGCAAACACAGCUGUGAAAAUGGAGGAUUUAAUGAAUACAAAACAGAAUGCAAUAGAGCAAGUAGGCAGACAGACAAAACUGUUAAAACAACGGCAACUCACCAGAAGGGCAAGCA